AUGGGCCUCGCCGGCGUCAAAACCUCCUGGCAGCGCCAAACAAAACACUUCGGCCACGACAAUGCCGCCCGCUACUCCGUUCUCAUCCUCGACAACCGCGGCAUGGGCGGCUCCGACGUCCCCUACGCCCGCUACACCACCUCCGCAAUGGCCCUCGACGCCCUCGACGUCCUCACCCACGUCGGCUGGUCCUCCACCCCGCGCUCCGUCCACCUCUUCGGCAUCUCCAUGGGCGGCAUGAUCUCCCAAGAACUCGCCUUCGCCGCGCCCGACCUCUUCGCCUCCGUCACCUUCCUCUGCACCGCCCCCUGGAUCGAGAACACGAAACCCCUCCUCACGAACCUCGCCGACCGCGCCGCCAUGCUCGUCCCCAAGUCCAUGGACCGCAGCAUCCAGGACACCGCCCUCAAGCUCUUCCCCGCGGAGUGGCUCGUCCAGCCCGACGAGGCCGCCGAGCUCCCCGACGAGAGCACGCCCAAGUGCGGCCCCGCGGACGGCGGGAAGGGGUAUGGUCGGUUCGACAGCAACUUCCAGCGCUUCCAGGCGCAGGAGCUCGUGAAGCGCUGCACGCCGGGGCUUUUCAGCAUCCUCGGCUUCAUCCUGCAGCUCGUCAGCGCCGGGUGGCAUCACAAGUCGCCUGAGCAGUUGACACAGCUGGCGGACGCGGUCGGCAGGGAGAGGAUCGCGGUCAUCCACGGUAAUGCGGAUGUCAUGAUUGACGCGCACCACGGCCGGUUGCUGGCGAAGCAUUUGGAGCCUAGUGUGGUUGAGUUUAUCGACGGCAUGGGACACGCGCCCAUCAUGGACAGAGUAGCGUGGAUGAAUAAGUGGUACGUGGACAGGAUCGACGCGGUCGAGAAGCAGUUUCCCUUGCCGUGA